UUCAACAUGAAAGUUUUGUUUAUCUUCGCCUUCAUCGUAAUUCUUGCUACAAGCGCCAAAACUGUAUUUGGUGACUGCUUAUCAGGUCGAUUUGGAGGUCCAUGUGCUGUAUGGGAUAACGAAACUUGCCGUAGAGUAUGUCAAGAAGAAGGAAGACCCAGUGGCCACUGCAGUCCUAGUUUGAAAUGUUGGUGCGAGGGUUGUUAAUAUUUUAGAUCAACGGGAAUGUUCUCGUUUAUUAUAAACAAGAUUUAUAUAUAAAUAAAGUUACUUGUAAAAAUUG